AUGGACUCUCCACAAGAUGUUGGAGAUACUACUGCGAAUUCCAUUUCCAACCAGCUAAGCACCACUCACUUGCAUCGACCAACAGAAACACCAGUAAGGGCGACCACCAAGAAUAAUACGCCAACAGUACUGAAAGCUGGUACUGCUGUUGCAUCUGCAGUUUCUGCUGCUGUGUAUUCUGGACAGAAAUUCAUGCAAAUAUCUGUCUCUUUGGAGACGGGGCCGGACAAGCCCAUUCUUGUGUUGCGGCGCGUCCAAGACUCGUACGUCAACGUUUCCCAAAUGUUGGAGAUACUUGUGUUGACCGGACAUUUCCUGAAAGACCAGGUGAGUGGUUUUUUGCGCAAUGAAAUACUCCAUAGUACCCAAUACUUACCUCGUGGAAACCCGACCCAUUUGGCAUCGUUCAAUGAUUUCCGAACACACGCGGUCGAACAAAUACGUGGAUUAUGGAUUCCUUACGAUAAAGCGGUACUGAUUGCAGUGAGAUUCGAUCUUUAUGAGCUUGUUAAGAAGCUUUUUUUGGUUGACGUUCAUGACUUCCACAAAUUGCAUAAACCUGAGCUGGUUCAACUGGCUGCCCAGAAACGACCAAACGAAGAAGACCUCGGAGAAGUCGAAGGAUCACCCUCUAAAAAGAGAAAGGCUCUCACUGAGCUGCUGGAUCUGCUUACAGUCAGGCUUGCAGCGGAGAAUAACUCUAACUACCCGUACUGCUUGGCUCCAUUGAGUUUUGAAGAGAACAACAUUGCACUUAUUUCAGAAGUGAAGCUUAAAUUCAGUGAGAUUUUCAAGACAGAUGGUAAAGAUUCUGUUUCGUUCACUAUAAAAGACAUUGAAGAACAAUUCAAGCCAUUGUUUUCGAAAUGUGAACCUAAGGCAGGCAGUUUCACCUCCAUACUAGAUGUAUCGUUAGAUCUGCUGGGGAAAACAGCAUUGCACUAUGCUUCUACUCUCGCUUCAACUAAUCUAGUGGCCAGUUUUAUCGAACUCAAGAUAUGCUCCCCCAUCCGUGGUGAUAACAAAGGUGAAUCGCCGCUCAUCUCCAUGAUCCAGGUUACUAAUGCCAUGGAGAAAGGAAACUUCACAGAGAUACUUCGGAAUUGGUUGUGGCCUAACUUAUGGUUGUUUGACAGCAAGCACAAAUCUAUCUUUCAUGUCUUGACGUCGCUGGCAUCCAACAACUACAAAAGUUCGAAGUUCUAUCUCGAGAAAAUUUUGGAGUGGGCCGUCUCCAAUGAGAAUAAGGAGAAAAACUUGUUCAACAUUAGUACUAAAAUGAUCAAUGCUCAAGAGUCUGAAAAUGGCAAUACUGCCCUUCACCUAGCUGGUGAGCUAGAGCUCAAGUGGUUUGUCUAUUUGUUCCUCGAGUUACGUGCAGACCCGAACUUGCCCAAUAAUACUGGUGUGAAGGCCUCGGAUUUCGAUUGCGUUAAAGUAGUAGCAGAAGCCAGAGAUAAGUGCAAUGCGAACCCGGAUUCUCUCUCAGCAAUGAAGAAUCUCUAUGAAACUUUGGGAAUCUCUGAUGAUUCCGAAGAGUACAUGAUACAACUUGUACGCACUGGCGUGGAAUUCUUAAAUAAACUGAUGCAUUUUGCUGAGGUGGGAGAGAUGGAAGACGAACAGGAAGAGGAGAAACCUAAAGAACUUUCUCCCACAAGCGAAGUGGUGAGUUCAUCUUUACUUUCAAACAAAAUUUUUAAGUCUAUUCAGGAUUUAUUAUCUUCAACGAAUGAAGAGUACGAAAAAGUGAUCCAUUCUAAAAAGGCAGAAAUCAACAACCUAAACAGAGAGUUGCGAGAUGCUACAAUCAUCACAGCCAACAAUCGUUUUUUCUCCAAGAAAAUUGCAGAACGGAUAUCGCUGGUAGACACAAUGAAACUUCAAAUGGCUAACAUAACCGAUAAGCUUCAAACUUUCAAGAAAAACCAGCUGGAAGAAGGGGAUAAAGACGAUGUGUUUUCUUCGGAUAUUGAGGUUUCAACACUUGUCAAAUUCGAUGCGGAUGAGCCUUUUAUUAUCAAGCCAAUCUAUGAGAAGUUGAUCAAGGGGGAGGCAGUGGAAGCCACACCAGAAAUUUUAGAGGCUCUUCCGUCUUCUGGUAUACUUUCGGCGCGUUUGAAGGCUUAUAAUGAAGUCAAUUCCAGUCUUCAGCAGGAGUUAAAUAACUUGCUUGAUUACAAUGCGUUGACCGCAAAGUUCAAGAAAGUGGUAAGCUUUUGCACAGGCGUUGGUAUUAACGAGGUGGACGAGCUCUUAGAUGGAUUAUUAGAAGCAGUUGAGGGGCAACAAUAG